UCAACCAAACCAGACGAAGCUAGCUAGAAACUAGCAAGUAUCUGAUUAAGCUAUAUAGCAACUCUUCACAAAUCUCUCUCUUUUUAAAGUCACGAGAAACCACUGUCCCAAUAUUGCUCAUUCAAUUUAGUGUGUGUGUGUGUGUGGAGAGAUAUAAGAGAGAGAGAAAGAGAGAGAGAUUCGAGAGAAGCGUGGCAGAGGAACUGAUAGAGAACUUUCAAAGCUCUUUAUCUUCUACCAUCACUCAACUAGCCUCUAUAUUGCAGUCUCAAACUGAAAGUCUCACAAAUAUUUUGUAAUAAAAAAGCUUUAGAUUUUAUCUUCCCCUUCUUAAAGAAAAGAGUGUUUAAUUAUCUCAUAUCAUAUAUUUAUUUUCUUUCAAACUUUCUGUCUCUCUCUGUCGGUACCACCAUGAGACCAGAAGGAAAUCCAUUAGAUCUUAACAAUUUACCUGAUGAGUACACAAGAGAUGGUAAACAAGUCCUUGAAGACAUCUCUCCACCCGGUUGCAGGAAAAAGAAAAACGGCGGGAAGGAUGGAAAAGAUGAGUGUGGGAAGGUCUAUGAGUGUAGGUUUUGUUCCCUCAAGUUCUGCAAAUCUCAGGCUCUUGGGGGACACAUGAACCGUCACCGCCAAGAGAGGGAAACAGAGACGCUAAACCAUGCUCGUCAGCUAGUCUUCCGUAACGAUCAUAACAUCACUCCACAACCUCCCUCUCACCUAGGAUGUUGUCCACCACAGAUAGCAACAGCAGGCUAUAUUCCAGCAGCAAAUAACAUGGGAGAUCCAACAAUGCCACUAAGAUUCCCAAGAUACUUCUCCGCUUCAUCCUCCUCAACUCACAUUCCACCACCUCCACCGCCGCCACAACAACCGUAUCUCUACUCUUCACCUUCACGCCCAGUGUCAUUCGCACCACAUUUGAUUCCUCAGCAUCCAAUGAAUGACUACCACGUUGGUCACGUGAUGAAUACCAGCCACCACCAACAAUAUGGAGGACACCACUAUGUUGCGGGUGCAGGUGGAGGUGAGUCUAGUAAUUACACGUGCAUAGGUGCACCGGUGGGACAAGGUUUUCCGGGAAAUGGAAGAGGGUUGGUGGAGGGUGGUGGUGGUGGUGGUAAGGAAGGGAAUCAUCAUCAUCAUCAUAAUCAUCAUCCGGAAGAAGGGUUGAAUUGGGAAAGGAGCUAUGCAGGAGGAACACAGCAUCGUUUGGAUACAACUUCAUCGAUCAAUCGGUUUCAAGAUGGUUUCUAAUGAGAGAGUGAGAGAUUCUUUGUGAGAUUGUGUUUAUUAUUCAGAGAGAGAGAGAGAGAGAUGAUAACUAAGUGACAAAUGGGGUGAUGAUGAGUCAUGAGGUGAAAGAGAGAUGUGAUCGAUUUGGUUUUUAUUUUGGUUUUUAGUUGUUGUUAAAAUUUCUACAGUAACUUGGGACAGCUUUUGAGAUCAUUCACACGCUCAGCUACUUUGGCUUGGAGCUGUGGGGAAUGCUUGGGAUUUGUGGAUUCAUUGUUAGGAAGGAGGAUAACAACAAGUUCCAUAUCAA